CUUGUUUUCAAUUCAGCAAUUGCUACUAAACCCUUCUCUCUCUCUCUCUCUCUCUCUCUCUCUGCGCCAUUCAGAAGCCUCUUCAAUCUGAGCAGCCAUGGCGAGCACCAAAGUGCAGAGGAUCAUGACCCAGCCCAUCAACCUGAUUUUCAGGUUCCUCCAGAGUAAAGCUCGAAUUCAGAUUUGGCUAUUUGAACAGAAAGACGUCAGGAUUGAAGGCCGCAUCAUUGGCUUUGAUGAGUACAUGAAUUUGGUCUUAGAUGAUGCUGAAGAAGUGAGCAUCAAGAAGAAUACCAGAAAGACACUAGGAAGGAUUCUUCUCAAAGGAGAUAACAUUACUCUCAUGAUGAACACGGGGAAAUGAUGCUCGCUCUGAGAAAUGUUUAUCAACAUCCUGAAUUGGAGAUCAAGCUAUUCAGACUUUUCUGUAGUGACAUGUAUUUCGGAUGCCAGUCCUCUGUAGUAGUGAUGUAUCGAUGAACUCAAUGGAUAACUGAUAUUUGCGUAAUUACUUUUGAUAUAAUAUGACGGUCUUUGGUAGGUGAAUUGCUUAAAAACCGAGUACUGUAUGUUGAUUGUUUAGGUGAAUGCUUGAAUCUUUCAGCUUGUAUGAGUAAUAUUGUAAUAGUCGUAUCAGAUUGUUUGGAUCAA